UGGGUGGUGGCUGCAGUAUGCACAGUCAUCGUUCUCAUCUCUCUUUGCGCUGAGCGCCUACUCCACCGACUCGGAAAGUGCUUGAAACGUAAACGACAGGAUGCGCUAUUUGAGGCCGUAGAAAAGCUAAAAGAAGAGUUGAUGCUUCUGGGGUUCAUUUCCCUGCUAUUAACAGUUUUUCAAGGUCUGAUCAGCCACAUAUGUAUCUCAAGAAAUCUUGCAACUAACAUGCUUCCAUGCAAGGAGGAUCCUCAUCAUCCUUUUUCUCUUGGGAUCAAGCCGAAGGGGAGGAGGCUUUUAGGCGAGGCUACUAGUUCUGUACAGUGUCCAAAGAUACGCCAAUGGAAGCACUGGGAGGAUUCAAUUAGGCUUGAGACUGGGAAGCAAAGAAAGGUUCCCACAACGUCGUUGAACACUGGACAUGCUCACCAUACUCUUGACUUUGUCAAGCAGCGCGCCAUAGGAUUUUGGAGAAAGUCAGCUGUUGUCAGCUGGAUGAUGUCAUUCUUCAAGCAGUUCUAUGGCUCCGUAACCAAGUCAGAUUACACUGCAAUGCGGCUAGGAUUUAUCAUGACCCACUGCCGUUCGAACCAGGAUUUUGAUUUUCAUAAGUACUUGAUGCGGACACUUGAAAUUGAUUUUAAGAAAGUUGUUGGUAUAAGCUGGUAUCUGUGGCUGUUUGUUGUGAUCUUUCUACUGCUGAAUGUUGAAGGAUGGCACACGUAUUUUUGGUUAUCCUUCUUACCUUUGAUUCUUUUACUUCUUGUGGGUGCUAAGUUAGAACACAUCAUUACUCGAUUAGCUGAAGAUGUUGAAGAGAGGAGAACAGAUGAUCCCACAGCACCACCAGUGAAGCCAUCUGACAAACAUUUCUGGUUUGGCCGCCCUGGCAUUGUUCUUUACUUAAUACACUUCAUCUUAUUUCAAAAUUCAUUUGAGAUUGGAUUCUUCUUCUGGAUAUGGUGUUCCUACGGAUUUCAUUCAUGCAUCAUGGAAAAAGUUGGCUACAUCAUCCCUAGGCUUAUCAUAGGGGUGGUUGUUCAAGUGCUCUGCAGCUACAGCACCCUACCUCUGUAUGCUAUUGUCACCCAGAUGGGUAGCAUGUUCAAGCAAGGCAUAUUUGACGAGCAUACGGAAGCAACACUACAUAGGUGGAGUGAGCAAGGAAAGAGAAAAAAGAAACAUCAUAUGUUUUCUCAUCAAAAGACAAAGGGCGAGCAGUCCAAUGCAAUUCAAAUGCAGGAUAUGGCCAAUUACAGAGUCGGAGAAACUUCAACUGCUGAGGGCCCAGAGUUUGUCGUCGACAUAAUUACAACAUCAGAACAUUCAAAUUCAAAGCAAACUCAAAAUUUAUCUUGAGUAUCUCAGCGAUCCAUCACUAAUAGCCACCUGCUUUCCUUUCAUCAAUUGCUCAGUCAAUGUACAAAAGCACAAUGUCCCAUGGGCAUGAUUGAACUUUAAAAUGAAGCAAAAAAAAUUAUUGCGGCAAUUGAAGGUAUCAAAAUCGUUUACCAAGAUUUCAAACUACAGAUAACAAAACUAUUAAACCAGCUAAAAGAAAGGCAAGGACUCUUGCUUCAGGCG